GGAGCGGGUGAACCAGGCGACGGCCCGGCGGCCCAAGGUAACUGCAGCCCGGGAGGCUCCGCUCGGGAGCGCCGCUGCCGUCGCUCCACACUCGGGGUCCAAAAAAAGUGGUGCGGCGGCAGCACGACUCGUUAUACGCUACCAGCUGUGCCGCCCCGCCUCGUAGCUGUCAGCAAGACGAAACCCCCAGAGAUGGUUGUGGAGGCCUACAGACAAGGGCAGCGUAACUUUGGAGAAAAUUACGUUAAUGAACUUGUGGACAAAGCUUCAGAUCCUCUGAUUUUAGAAUCGUGUCCAGAGAUCAAGUGGCACUUCAUCGGCCACCUACAGAAGAAUAAUGUCAACAAACUUUUGGGCGUGCCAAACCUGUUCCUGGUGGAGACCGUUGACUCGGCGAAACUGGCUGACAGGGUCAACAGCUCAUGGCAGCGGAUCAGGGGAGCCAGCACGCAGAGGUUAAAGGUCAUGGUGCAGAUCAACACCAGUGGAGAACAGAGUAAACAUGGCCUGCCACCAGAGGAGACGGUGGACACGGUGAAACACAUUGUGUCCCAGUGCUCCGCCCUGCACUUCUCAGGACUCAUGACCAUCGGGCGCUAUGGCUACAACCUUACCCUGGGUCCCAACCCGGACUUUCAAAUGCUGCUGAGUCGGAGGCAGGAGGUGUGUGACAGUCUGAAGCUGCCUCUGGAGGAGGUGGAGCUCAGCAUGGGAAUGUCCACUGAUUUUGAACACGCGAUCGAGGUGGGCUCCACCAACGUGCGAGUGGGUAGCAUCAUAUUCGGCAACAGGGAGUAUCCCAACAGUGCGGCAAACACUCCAAAUCCCAGCCCAUUUCCCAGUCCAGCUCCCAGCCCGGAGAAAACAUCCAAGACGGUGUCUGAAGAGGCCGCCAAGAAGAUGCAGCACCUCACCGUGUCCGAACACUGAGAGCUUCUCCUCCUCCGAAGUAUCUUUAAGAAAAUUUCAAAAGAAAAAUACUCUUGACGUGCAGCGUGAACAGAUCACCUCCACAGAGCCGUGUGGAUUUAGGAUCGCAAAAAUUCUUGCAUAAUUUUAAAGUGUAUUUGCCUAAUCCUCUUCACUUUUUUUGUGCACCCUUGUUGAUCUUUUAAGCACUAAAAAGUGGCAUUGGCUACACAGCUAGUGAUACUGUUUUUUAAAAGUAGUGUGUUACUAACCUGUAAUGCUCUGACUUCCUCUUCAUGGAAAUCUCUCCUACAAGAGAAAAUGAUUUCUCACGAGUUAUGAGAUAGUGAAGAUUUGUGUGGGUUUGUUGUGCUGACGUGAUAUUUUCUACCUUUCCAACCCAGCGUGUGACAGUGCUGAGAUGUGUUCUCCACUGCGUAACCGUGUCCCAGAGAUCAGGAACUCACGACAGCACCAUGUACCGUUUUUGUUGUACAGAUGAAACAAAGACUUGAUUUAAUAAAACCAUUUAUCCCUUUAUAAUGACACGUAGUAUUGUGCGUUUGAUAUUGUUUCGUACCGUGCAUCCAAACGUGUCAAAUCUUUAUUCUUGAUAUGAACAAAUUCAAGAGUAAAAACCUGAGGAAAGUGUUUUGUUUCUGUGUAACAGUGUCGUUGUCUGUGCUAUGGUGUGGUACCUUGUUGGAGAUGAGAGGGUUAACCUAUGCAAAGUGGUGAUCUUGUUUCAACGUGUGUUUUCAAAUAGAUUUUUUUUACACUGCAGCUUUGGUGGCGCCGCAGUGGUUUCUUCGAAGAUGUCACAAGGUUAGUGUGUUUUUCCGUCUCCAUGAAAAGUGAGAUCAUUGUCAGUGAUUUAAAAAAAAACAAAAAAAAAAACGCUGGAUCAGUUGCCGUUAGACGUGGUUGCUGUCUUAA